AUGCAGGAAGAGCUUCCAGAGUGCUUCUGUGUUGUUUCACAGCAAAAGGCUUUUGGGUCCGAUACUAUUGAGGCGGCGCUGAAGGAAAUUCAUGCAUUUGUGUUUGGGAAGCGCCAGGAAAACGUGGAAGAGUCAUCACCUUUUGAACUGAUAAAAGCAUGUGAGUCGGCGGUGGAGAAGGUGGGAGGACGGCUGGGAAAAAGGAAUCCUGUGGGCAUGGCCCUUCUAUCCAUGGGGGUGGUGAUCGUUGAGAUAAUGGCACGUCUAACUCGAAUUUUGUUCUGGGGCAUUCUCGCACCUUCCGAAUUAUCUUUGCCACGUAGGCGGAAAAUGAUUGAAGAGUACGGUGAGGAAUUGGAGGAGGUGCUUCUGCCGCGUUUCUUUUUGAAGCUCUCAGCGAGUCCCACAAUUCUGCGAGAUGUUCUGCUGAGAGCCCCGUGGGAGGCCUUUUUGCGUCGGUAUGGUACAGAGAGCACGCCUUCAGGGGAGAGCCGGGACGUAGUCCCGGCUGAAGUAGCGUCUGUUCUCAGUAGCCUUAGGGUGAACUUUGGGUGUGACUUCCUCAUCCACGUUCGUCUCCAAGCUGCAUUGGCGGGCUCACAUCUGGUGGUGGAUAACACUGCCGCUGAAGCCAACGCCUUUACUGUGACUACUGCAUGUGACUCUAGCCGCAGCCUCUCAACGCUUGUGGAGGCAGUAGGUGGUGAUACUAAAACUACAGGACGUGACAAAACUAUUUAUCCCUUCGGCGCCAAAACUUGCCAUCCUCCUUCCGUCCUCAGUACGAGUGUGCCCCACGCUAGUUUGCGGGAAGGCAAGAUGGAUCGAAGAUCUUUUUUGUCGUCCGUGAAGCAAUCGCAGGGAAAUUGCUUGGUGCAUUCCCACCACCGUUUGCCUGCUUACAAGCUGACAAGAAGGCGGGUGGUGAUGCGGGCGGGGUCAGGUGCGGGGAAUACGUCUGUAGAUUGCUCUACCAGCGGGGCCAACCCCUAUUCGUCGGCUUCUGACAACGACCACGCUUCCGCGGAGGAGCAAGACGGCGACGCAGAGGUUUUAGCACCGGAGACCCCGGUAAAGAAAAGAGUGCGAAAAGACAAAGGCGUUGUGCCUCCAUCACCCUCACGCCCCACGCAUGAGGGGAUGGCUCGCUUAUUCGACUCAUAG